AUGGGAAAUAAAGUGCCUAAGGCUUCAAUAAUGAUUGGAGGUGCUGCAAUUACAGCAGUAGCACUAAUUCUUAAUUAGAGAAGAUAAAGAAAAAAUAGUAACAAAGGGCAGAAUCAAUUAGAACAGACUUAAACAGAAUAGUUUAACGAAGAGUAGGUUCCAUAAGAGCAGACUUCUUAAAAUGUUUAAUAAGUAAUUAAUUCAACAGAAAACUAAAAUCCUGAAGACUCAAAUAGCAUCGAUAGUAUUUCAUUCAUAAACAGAGUGAAUAAAGAAUUGAAAGCAUUUCAAGAAUAAUAAGUGCCUCUAUCUUUUGAUGUCUUAAUGAAAAUUACUGAGGCAGGGUUCAAAUUAGUGGCUAGAAAUUACAGUUAAAUGUAAAAUAAGAAUAGAAAUGAGAGAAGAUAAUUAUUGAAUAUUCCUUAAUAAUACACUUUGAAGGUUUUAGAAUUUAAUAAUGAGCUAGAAAUACUCAUUAAUUAAAAUCAAUUGGAUAUUUGCAAAAAGCUUAGAAUAUCUUCUGAAAUAUAUGAAAAUAGCUUUGUUCUAUAAUUUUAAACAUAAGCUGCAUUAGAAAGGUUUAUAGUGUUUUAAUUUUCUAUGAGAUAAUAAUUAAUAGCAUCAAUCCCAAGCUAAAAAGAAAUCAACGAAUCCUAAUUAGCCUAAGUAGCAGAUAUUCAAUUGAAAAAGCUUGAUGACAUUCAAUUUUUCAAAAAUUAUCUUUAAUAAUUACAAGGUGAGGACCAACAAUUUAGCUCAAUUAUCAUCACUGUUUUGUUAUCGGAUAUUGUAUAUUAGUAACUCGGCUUUGAGGAGGAGGAUAUUUUGAAAGCAGUUCUUGCAUAUCCGGUUUUAAAGAAUCAACUGAGUUUGAUUCAAUAAAAGGUUCAGGCUGUAAUGGAAAUGUGCUUCCAAUGA